UUUCAGUGAAUAGGUCAAUUGAAUGGAUGUAGACACUGUAAACCUGUGUAUAAGAGUAUCGGUAUUAAGUGAACGAGAAGGAGUCACCAGUUUGAAUCGUGAAUCGUAAUCUUUCCAUGGAGGAUACUUUUCUGUACAUGUUUUUGUUUAUCUCGGUAGCAGGUCGAACGGAUUAACGUCCCACCGGAAUCAUCGGAAUACUAUCAACAUGUGUGCUUGGGGUGGAAAAGGCAUUUCAGAUGUAGAAAGUUUCAUUAAAAGCGUCUCUUCGGCUGUAACGACGAGAUUAUGGGAAUACUUUCAACCCACUGAGACUGGUCCAGAAGAGGAAAGUGAAAUAAGUGAUAUAUUAUGUGAUCAAUUAGUAGAAUACUACGGUGACCAGACGCCUAUAGUUGUAAAACAAGUCUAUCAAUCUCUCUAUAAAAAGCUGUAUGAUGGAGACUAUUAUCUUUUUACACAGAUGUGUUUUGAGCCAUACCUUAAAUUAUUGGAGAAACUCAAACAGAUCAGCCAGGAGGAGCAUGGUGAAAGAAAAAAAAUUCCCUUCUGCUUGCAAUCAGCUGUUUUAUUACAUUUGUGUGAUCUCCAAUUUGAACUACAGUCACAAGAUUUCUACUACUGUGUGCGAUUAAGUGAAAGUGUUGAACCAAACCUUGUUGUUAAAUAUCAUUCUAUCAAUGGUGUGCAGGAAUAUCUCAUAAUGGAAGGUGAAUACCAUCACGCCUUCACUACGGAUAUCAUAAAACGUAUUCAGACGGCUAACGAAAGUGAAAUAGUUGUUAUAUUACGAAAUUGUAUAGUGUCUGUAGCUGAUGGAAUAGAGCGCUUAAAAUGGAAUGAGGUAGCAGACGACAGAAGUGAGGAUAUAAAAUCGACAAGUGCUUGUUCUCAAGAGAAGUCUAUAUCUAGUGAUCUAGCUCGUGCAAAAUUGAAUGAUUCCACUUCGAGUUGUGAAAUAUUUGAACAGUCUGGGAAUAGCGAAACAACGAUUGAAACCAAAACAGGUAAAAAGGAUGGCAAGUUGUUAGAACGUAGUAAAUCCAGUGAAUUUUAUACAAGUCGUAAAUUAGAUCAACCUCAAUCUGUAAUGGAUGUUGAUUAUGAUGUUUUACAAUCAGGAAUAGCUGUUUUACCAGGAUGUCGAGAUGUAAAUGGUGGUGCUGUAAUAUUAAUGUUUACUGGCAGUACAUUUUGGCAUGAUAGACAUGUUGCCAGUACAGAACUAGCUCGAUUACUCAUGUAUUUUUAUACUAUACCUAGAAUGGAGGUGAGAGAAAAAGAAUUAACUAUAGUAGGAGAUAUACGAGGAGCCACAUCAUCUAUUAUAAAUAUAUUGUUAGAAUCACUUUACCUAUUUCAAGAUAAUAUUCCAGAAUGUAAGUCCAUCCUCCAUCUUGUCUGUGAUAAAGUUACUCAGUCGUCAGUGCUGAGAUCACCUGUUUAUGAUUCUAAAUCACCUGUUAAGAUUGAUUUGCUAUCUUCCCAAGAUCUGAUUCAUCGUUUUAUUCAUCCAUCACAACUACCAUCAGCUUUAGAUGGUACAUUUCCUUUCAGUCAUACAGAAUGGGUUCGAUUUCGUAUGAAAUUGGAACCCUUUUUAAAUUCAUGCCGUGAAGUAGCCAAAUUCCUAGUCAGCAUAAUGCAAGAAAUAUCAAGUGUUCAAAAAUUGCCAAAAACUGCUCAAGAGGCUAGUCAUUUAAUAGAAGAACAUGAAGAACGAGUUAAAAAAGCUUUUACAGAUUCCAGAUUAGUGGCAUUACAGAAUGAUGGGGAAAACACCAUGUGUUCAUUACGACGUGAACAGUCUUCCAGUAAUCACUCAGAAGACUACAGAUAUGCCAUGGAGAAUGUUGAUUGUCUGUUUCAUCAACUUCAGGACACUAUGAUGAAAUUAGUUCAUCUUGCUGACACUCGUCUUAAUAAAAUAGAACAAUGCUUACAGUUACGUGAGUUUGAAGAAGAAUGCUCCAAGGUAAUAACAUGGUUGACAACAGAAGGCAACACAACAUUACAGCGGCAUAUUGCAAGAGCAGAUAAUCUGAAAGCUAUUCGGUUGCAGCAAAAAGAUUUUGAGAAGUUUUACUUUUCCUGCAUGCAAUAUAUUGAUAAAGGAAACGAUUUAUUAGAAGAAGCCAGUAUGUUAAGUCAGACUGGUAAUUUUGAUGAGGCAACAGGGUACAAAGAUUUGGCAAGAAUGCUCAAAAAACAUCUUCAUACUUUUUCUAACCAACUUGAAGACAGAAGAGAGAAAAUAGAGGGCACGGCCAAGUGUUAUCAACUUCUUGACAAGAGUUAUGAGUGGGCUUUAGAAGCCAUGAAAUACAUUGCCAGUAUGAAAAUGGAACAUUGUGCUAGUCCAGCAGGACUUGAUAAACUGUUAAAAAGUCUAGAGGCUUAUCUGCUGGAACAUCCACCAUUAACAAGUGAUAUUUUUGACCAUAUGAUAGAAGUUACUCAAAGACUUCAAAAUGACAAAUUACUAGACCAGUGUCGCCUGGCAAAAGCUAGGUGUGAGGAAACCUAUCAUUUACUUUUAUUGCGACAAAAUACUUUACAACGAGCGCGAGACCAACUUACUGUAGACAAUAAAACAAAGUCAGACAAUUCUCAUUCAAUUGACCCCGAUUCUGUCAUAGAAAUUAACUCACAGAGUUUCUGGGAACCACAAAUGACAAGCACUCCAACUAGAGGAAUUACAUUUAUUGCAAAAUCCAAAGAUCAGAGGCGUUCUUGUUCACCAUCCACAAGCUCAAGUUCUGGUUCUCGUGAUUAUACUAGUACUUCAAGCACUUCAUCUAAUCAAAUGGCAAGACAGAGUAAGGAAAGUGGAAUUGUUGUAUCUCAAGAUAGUUGCGCGGGUAGUGAUAUCAGUAUGGAAAGUCUCCAUCAAAAACUAACUAUGUCCACAUCCAUGCCACAGCCAGGAAGUACUUACACAGAGAGAGACAGGCCCUUAAAAAAAUUAUUAAAGAGAACAAUUACAUCUCCUGUUCCUAUCACUGGUUCACCAAUUUUAGAAGACAGAGUUAGUUCAUCAAGUGAUCCCCGAUCAAUCCGUGAAAGACGUUCGGGAAAGUCUGUCAGUAUGGUUACUGGUAGCUCAGAAAGUCUUCCAAGUAUGCCAGAAGAUGAUGAUGAGAAUAAAACAAGUAAUGGUCGUGUUGAAAAUGUAAAUCAUAUGAGAAAAGAAUGGACACCGGUACCUGUUAAUUCACAUCUCCUUCGUCAAAAUCGAAAUAAUCCCCUGUCCUCGAUGUCUGAAUCAUCAUUAUCACAACCAGAAAUGAAGAGAAGAAGAACCCUAUCUCUUAUUAUGAGUGAAAUGGUACAGACAGAGAGAGACUAUGUCCAAUCAUUAGAAUACGUAAUUGACAACUAUAUUCCUGAACUACAAAGAGAGGAUGUUCCACAAGCCUUGAGAGGAAAAAGAAAUGUUAUUUUUGGAAACAUUGAAAAAAUAUAUGAUUUCCAUUGUCAGUAUUUUCUACAUGAAGUGGAAUCGUGUGAAUUUACACCAUAUCAAAUAGGCCAAUACAUACUAUCACAUGAAAAUGCUUUUUAUUUAUAUGCCCUUUACAACAAAAAUAAACCUAAAUCUGAUUUGUUAAUGGCAGAAUUUGGUAAAACAUUCUUUAUGGACAAACAGUUACAGUUAAAUGACAAAAUGAAUCUGGCUUCGUAUUUAUUAAAACCUGUUCAGAGAAUGGGAAAGUAUGCAUUACUUUUGAAACAGAUUAUCAGAGAAUGUUCAGAAACCGAACCAGAAUACCAGGAAUUAAAGGCAGCUGAGGAAAUGGUGAAGUUCCAGUUAAGACAUGGAAAUGACUUAUUAGCUAUGGAUGCCUUAAAGGAUAGUGAUGUAAACUUACAAGAACAGGGUCGACUUUUACGCCAAGAUGAAUUCCUAGUAUGGCAGGGACGAAAAAAAUCAAUACGACGAGUCUUCUUAUUUGAAGAUCUCAUUCUUUUCAGUAAAACCAAAAGAGGUCGUCAGGGUCAUCAUGAUAUGUAUCUGUAUAAAAAUAGUUUUAAGUCAACAGAUUUGGGUUUAACAGAGAAUUAUGAUGAAAGCGGGUUUAAGUUUGAGAUUUGGUUUAGAAAGAGAAAUAGUGGUGAUAAAUAUAUUUUACAAGCUCAAAAUACAGAAGUUAAAAGAGCUUGGGUAAAUGAAAUAUCUAAAUUACUGUGGAAACAAGCAAUGAGGAACAGAGAAGUGAGAUUAUCAGAAAUGGCCACCAUGGGUAUGGGAAAUAAACCCUGUUUAGAUCUGAAACAAAGUGCUGAUAAUAUACAAGAUAGAUAUAUAAAUGUUGGGUUAGGAUUGCGGGGUUCUCGAUGUCGAAACUCCAUUGCCGUCUCGUCAUUUGAUCAUUUAAGAAAUGGAAACAAACGACCCCAUUCCAUCAUUUCGGUCAGUAGUAAUUCUUCAUCUAACUCAAGUCACUCAAGUUUUGGUUUGUUUGGUUCCCUUAAUCUGGCUUUUGAUCCUUUAGACACCUUACGACAUCAGCACCGAACCUCAACUCUUCUAUCCAAUGAAAGUGGAGUUGGAACCGACAUGUCCAGUGGAUGCGCCGAGCCGAGCGGGGACCUCGACAAAAGUAACCGAUGUGUGAUACCAAAUGACCAGCCCGUGACCUCAUCAGCCCGUUCCUACAUAAACUACAUGAAAUCUAAAGUUCUCAAAAAAUCUCGAGAACCUGUGGUCACAGAUGUGUAGAGAUCUUCUCAAGGAUGCCAGGCUUCUUUAAACUAAUUGGGCCAUUGCAUGUAUAUUGUCAUCAGUUGCAUUUAUUUAUCUUUUCACCAAUGUAUGCGCGACACUGCAGUUCGUUUUUACCAUUUUCCAACAGGUUGCAUAUGGGGCAAGUCCUUAUAAAGUAAUGGUUGCUCAAGCUAACUGUUCCUUGAACUAAGUACGAUUAAGUACCACACGAACUGGAUCGUAUUCAAGUCUCUCUUUUCAUUUAAAGAGGUACUGUUAUGUUCAAGGAGAAAUCUAACAGCACCAUCUAACUGGUCCAUUCCCUUUCUAGAUCGCAUAAAUGUUUGCUGCACAUUUUUUUUCGAAGCUUUUGCCAUUGUCAAACAUUUGAUGGAAAUAGUCAGUUAGUAUGAAGAUUAAUUUGGUAAUGGGGUGAAUUUGGACGCUUGGAAUAUGGUGAUGCAACCGCAUGCACAAAUUAAUGACACGUCAUUUGAAACAUUUCAGGAUGAUAUAGAAACAGAAUAAUUUGUUGAAUCUUGAAAAUAAUUUAUUUUUCUCAGGAAUGUAUAAUUUUGUCUUAUAAUAAAUGUGUAAAGGUGUUUAUGUCUGUACUAUAUUGUAUUUGUAGAAAUAGAUUUUUAUACUGUUUAAAUAUGCGCUAUAAUUGUACAUUUAUUAGGUCUAUUUUCAUUCAAUUAAAUUCUUCUGUAAUUAUAAAAUAGAAUUUUAACUGUUAAUGUCUUUAAACCAAGAGAUUAUAAUUUAUUUAUAUGUAAAUGGAUAAAUUUUAUGUACAUCGUUAAAUAACUUCAACACACUACCUGUAGUAAGGUUCAUGCUGUCCAAUUGCAGGUCUAUAUAUUGUUCAUUUCUAUAUUGUACAUUGAAAUUCAUUUAUUAUUAUAUAAGUUUCUUUAUAUCUAUCAGCAAAUUCUCACAGACCUUUAAAUUUUAUUGACAUUUUGAUGUACAUAACACAUGCAUAUUCAGUAAAUCAUUAAAAUAGUACACAUUUUUUUAUACAAAGUUUCCAUAGACUCUGACCAUUAAUGUUAUAAAUUUUUACUCCAAAAGAAAAUGGGUACACAAUAUUUUGCAACUUAUUUUUGUACAUUCGAAAUCCUAAGAAAUGAUCUGUUAGUUUUAUAAUGUCUUCCAUUUUACAGUGUGCCUUACUUUUGGUAUGUUAUGUAUUUACGGUCCUUGUGGUAAAAUCAUGUAUUAUUUAUUGACUUAACUAAUGUCUUUGUUGUCACAGACAAAUAUUGUAAAUAUAUGAACUAUAAAUAGACACAUUAUGCUGUUCGUACUUGUAUGAUAGCAAUAAAGAAUAUGAAAGAAG